AUGGAAAAAGGAACUAUCGAUAAGGAACCAGUUGUUCCUGAUGGCGAGCGAGAGCCGUUUGAAACCCGGCGCGGUCUACAAGAGCAACCGCAAAAGAUGUCUGGGAGGCGGCAGCCCUACAGCUCCAGUGAGGUAAAGUCCGCCAUGAAGCGGCAGGGGCAAGGGCGUCACCCAGCAAAGCGUAGCCUCGACAGUGCCCUUGAUGAGGUCCUGAUGAGGUUGAUUACUGGUGCAGUGAGCAGGGUGUAUCUAUUUCAAGAGGACAAGCCAGAUCUUGAGGAGUGUGAUGUGAGGGAAGAUUAG